AUGGCCCCUGAGGAUACAUCGUCGACAGUAUCCGUUCGACCAGGACUGAAAAAGGUUACGCCAUAUUGGUUUCCAUACACCACAAUGGCGAAGGCUCGUUGGUAUGAUCGAGAGAUCUUAGAAGUUGUGUCUACCGAAUUCCGAGAUCGUUCUGUGGAAUACUAUAGAUUCGCACUUGACUCGGGCGUUACCACAAUCAACGGCAAGGUCGCAAAGCCAGAUACCGUUGUCCGCAAUGGCGACAGAAUAGAGAAUAUUGUCCACCGACACGAGCCCCCUGUGACCUCUACGCCAGUGAGAGUCCUCUAUGAAGACCUUGAACGAGAAUUCAUCGUAAUUGACAAGCCUGGAAGCAUCCCUGUCCACGCAACUGGCCGGUUCUUCUACCUCUCGCUCGUGGAGAUCCUACAACGCGAGUUCGGUUACAAAAAAGUUUACACCGUGAAUCGUCUCGAUCGGCUGACCUCUGGCUUGAUGGUCGUCGGCCUAUCCUCGCAGAGGGCACACACACUUUCCACCGAAUUUGUUGCCGGAACAGUGAGAAAAGAGUACAUCGCACGCUGUGCAGGAGAGUUUCCGGCCGAGGAGGUAACAGUCGAAGAACCUUUAUUGACUGUGGAUCGUCAAAUGGGUUUGAACAUUGUUCACCCCGAAGGAAAGUUCCUCCUGACAUAUCCACAGCCCGCCAAAACCAUAUUCAAACGCCUACAUUAUGAUGUCAACACAGAUACCAGCGUUUUACACUGUCGACCUCUCACUGGCCGCUCGCAUCAAAUUCGAGUCCAUCUACAAUAUCUAGGACACCCAAUCGCGAACGACCCCAUCUAUUCUGAGACCAAAAUCUGGGGGGCGAAACUCGGCAAAGGGGGCAUCGAUGUCAAACCGUCUACAGAACGCUCCGCGCCUGUCCCACCGCCUCAGUUCCAACCUUUACAAGAACCGGAACAUGUCUCGAAGCCAUCAGAACCCGUGUCUACUGUAGCAUCAACCAAAUUGCUACCACGUGAAACAGGACAAGACAUCGGAAUGGGCUCGCCUGUCCCACUAUCGGCAGAGGCUGUGGGCAUCAUCACGCGCCUGCGAAAUAUGAAGGACGAAGACGAAGACUGGUCGCGAUGGCGCGAUGUCGUAUUUAAAACAAAGAGCCGGCUGCAUCCCCAGGGAAUGAAAGUAAAACCCCUACCCCCACAAAACAGGCGAAAACGCGGUGGGCCUAGUUGGGUAGACGAAAACAGCGAUAAAGGCAGUCCGGCCCCAAGUGACACUGGAGUGUAUACUCCCGCGUCCGAUUCUGCCACGCCUGCGAACGACGGGAUGCUCUACUGCCCGGAGUGUUACUUACCUCUGCAUCCCGAUCCCAAGCCGGAGAGGCUAUACAUAUUCUUGCACGCGCUUAGGUACACGACCAGUCUGGGAACAUUCGAGACUGGUAUGCCAGAGUGGGCGGCGGAGGGCUGGGAAUGGGAUCGAUCGUAG